UUUUUAGUAAUUCAUUGUUUAAUUGUUUUAAUUCUUGUAUAUAUUGGUAUGUCCCAACUUUCGCUGUCCGCGGAGUGAAUAGACAGUGAGACAUGGUGGGCGGGCAUCUUCACUCUUCCUCUUCAGGCUUUCUCUGCAGGUAUGGAGCAUUUUGAUGUGCCGAAAAUAUCAUGUUGCAGUGCUUAGAGGGAUUUAAGCAUUUAAUUGCUUCCCUACUGCGGUGUUGUGAUCUUGAUUUGUAUAAUCAAGCAAGAGGUCUUCAAGAUCCUGAAGUUCUUGCAAGGGAAACAGUGUUUAGUGUAAGUGAAAUCGAGGCACUAUACGAGCUGUUUAAGAAGAUCAGCAGCGCUGUGAUUGAUGACGGUCUGAUCAACAAGGAAGAGUUUCAAUUGGCUUUGUUCAAAACAAACAAAAAGGAAAGCUUAUUUGCUGAUCGGGUAUUUGACUUGUUUGACACAAAGCAUAACGGAAUACUUGGCUUUGAGGAGUUUGCUCGUGCUCUAUCUGUUUUUCACCCCAACGCACCUAUCGACGACAAGAUUGAGUUUUCUUUUCAGUUAUACGAUCUCAAGCAGCAGGGUUUCAUUGAGAGGCAGGAGGUGAAGCAAAUGGUAGUGGCCACACUUGCUGAAUCUGGUAUGAAUCUUUCGGAUGAUGUUAUAGAAAGUAUCAUUGACAAGACCUUUGAGGAAGCUGACACAAAACAUGAUGGAAAGAUUGACAAAGAAGAGUGGAGAAGCCUUGUUCUACGACACCCAUCCCUUUUGAAGAAUAUGACUCUUCAAUACCUCAAGGACAUCACCACCACAUUCCCAAGCUUUGUCUUUCAUUCUCAAGUUGACGACACCUGAAGUCCCAUACAUGAAAGUUGACUGGUUUUUGUUAAUAAUUGCAUCUCUAUUUCUAAAUGAUAUAGGCCCCUUGUGUGUCGUAAAGGGCCUAACAGGAAGUCUUCACUUUGUAAUGUUUGUUACUAUGGGUGGUGGGUGUGAUCAUUUAUGCCAAAGAACUAGACUCUUUCCCUUUUUAGUAGAUAAGGUUUCAUAGUGUGUGAACUUGCAACUCACAUUGUUUGAAUUUUUUUGUGUUCAACUUAUCUACUGGAUGGGUAAACAUACUUGCUCUCUA